AUGCAAGAAGCAUACAGCCACCUAGAGCAAAAUGGCGGUCUCGAAAAGCUUCCUGCCGCUAUAGCCAUCCAAGGCAAAGUUGUCCAUUCUCUUCUAUCCGCUCAGCCCGGCGGCUAUGUUUUGCAGGCAUUCAAGCUGGUUGCAGAGAUACUCGACGAUGUCGUGCCAUAUGACCAGUUAGAAGCCAAAGUCAAUCGGGAAAGCACUAUUGAGAGACUUCGUGUGCUUCUAACCGACGGAGCUCGCCAGUCGCUUUUCAAUCAUCCAUAUGAGUAUAGUGCGCAUCUUUAUGUUGUUCUGUAUCAACCCAAACGCUUACAGGCUCUUCUAUCGUCUGGCAUUGAUCCCAAUAUUGAGUGGAAACAUUCGCGCUUGACACCGCUGCACGUUGCUGCCCAGGAAGGGAAGCAAGAGAUGGUAAAAAUACUGUUGAGUUUUAGGGCAAGGAAGUCAAUGAAAGAUUUGCAUGAUCAACUACCAGUCGACUAUGCGAGAGCGGCCGGUCAUACUGAAAUUGUCAAACUACUCGAAGGUCGGGCGUGA